CAGCUCAAAAUAGUAUGAAUCGCAUCAAAGAUCAGAAUUAAGUUGGAUAAGACAACAAGGUAGUUGGAAAGUUCGUUGCAGAGAUAGGCACAGGUGUCAACAACAGCCGGGAAUUGAUUAAUUUCCAACAACCAAAAAUCCUAGCAGCGACCUUUUAAGAGGAUGAGUUGUACCCCUGAGUGAUGAUUUUUUUGUAGCUUUGCCUCUGUUGCAGACGAGCGGCUUUAGCAACUAUAGUGCGCCGUCAUAAAUUGCACUUGUGCUACUUCUACAUCUACAUCUAUUAAGAGGACCCCUUUUUUUUAUCACAGUUGCGACGACGACCCGAUAAUUUUGAUUUAUUCACUUCAUUGCGCCCUUCUCUUCCAACCUCUUGUACUAGGAGCAACUCCAGGCUACGGUUUUUAACUAGGACUGACGUCAUGACUUUCACUUUUUCGUCGAAAUAAAUUUGAAUCUCUAGUAUCACAAAACUUGAAAGCAUAGCAAUGGCCGCCAACCCGCCGAAGCCCAACCCGAUGAUCCAGACCUUUGGGUCUGUGAAAGUCGACCGGUCCGGGCUUUUCGCCGCAAACAAAGACGACGACGAUGAUCUUUUCGCGUGCGAAGACAUCAUACCCGAUUCUCCCUCUCCGAAAAACAACAACAAAUCCGUGAACCUCAAAACGGAAUCCAAAAACGCGAUUAAGAUCAACCCGGCGGCUGGUGUGAACACGGAAUGUCAGGACGAGUCCGCGCCGAAGUUCACGAUUCUGGGGAAGGACAUCCCUUUAGAUCCGAACCAACCGGAACUGGUUCUGUCCACAGCAAGGAUCCAGCAGAUGGUCAAUCUCGACAUCAUCGGGAGUAAUCUGCAAGUUUUGAAACUCAUCGCGAACAACGUGGAGAAAAUCGAGGGGUUGGAGACUUUGUGCAACUUACGGCAUUUGGAGUUGUAUCAAAACGCGAUAAAACGCAUCGAGAAUUUGGAGUUUUGUCCGAAACUGGAGCAUCUAGACUUGAGCUUCAACCGGAUCCGAUAUCUGGGGUAUUUGGACGCGGGGGACCCGGACCGGAUUGACAAAAAACCGGUGUUUGCGGAUACGCUGAAGAAACUGUAUAGAUUAAGAUUUGUUUUCUUUCUGAUGUGCUGUGGUGCGCAUGACAAAUCAGGAUUGCAUUUUUACUGAGCAUGACAAACUACUAUCAGAACUGUUUCCUAAAUCCUAUACCCUCAUUUGCUACAACCCAUCAGGUACCUCCCGUCCAACAAAUUAGAAGAGGUUCCGGAGAACGCGUUAUCGUGUUUCAAGAAUCUGGAAAUCCUCGAGCUCGGCGCCAACCGGCUACGCGAAAUCCCGCAGGACGUGAUCCACCUCCGGAUAUCGAGAGGAAAAAUCCUCGCUCCCCAUAUCGAAAACGAAAUUUGUGAUGCUGUAUUUGAGGUCACAAAUCGACUUGUCAUGCUAGAAGGCCAAGAGCCGCAGUCGUGGCCUCGUUUGCAGGCAAUUUGUGAUGCUGUUUCCCACUCUCAGCUGCCUCCUAUCAUGCGGAAGAUGCAAGGCUUCCCCACGCCACCCAGCACUACAGUCCGCAUCUUUUCCCGUGUAGCAUGACAAAGCUGAUUUGUGACAACAAAUCUGCGUUCCGUUUUGAUAUGGGAAGGGGGGACUUUUUCUUUUGAUACCGGAAAUUGAAGGAGCUGUGGUUGGGGAAAAACAAAAUCACCACCAUGAAGGUGAACGGCAUGACUGAUGAUAAUAUGAAGGAUGAACACGAGCACUUUCUCCCCGAUUUGGAAAUCUGCUCGAUCCAGUGCAACCGGUUAGAACACUGGGAGGCGUCGUUCUUCGAGAACCUCUGCGGGCCGAAAUUGGAGCAGCUGUAUUUAUCGGAAAACAACCUCCCACCCUUCCCCAUCUCCACACCAGACGGAGCGGAAAGCGGAAGUCCGUUUUUGUUCUCUGACCACUAUUUGCCGAACUUAAAAACGCUGGACAUUAGCCAGAAUAAAAGGAUAAAUUCAAUACCGAAGCAGUUCCGGUUGUCAGAGUUAGAGGAAUUGUGGAUGAGCGGGUGCGGGAUCGACAUCGAUUACCACUAUAGUUACAAGCAGGAUAGUGAAGGAGAUGAAAAUGCAAGGGCAUUAACCGCGGCGACCGUAGUUUCGCCGUCCGGGGAAUUGUUGAAGAAGCGAAAAUCACCGGACGACAGCGGAGGAGUACAGCUACAACCAGCAAUAGCAACACCAACCAUAACAACGCCCUACCAAACAACCAAGCAGAAGCAAAUCGAACUUGCGGCAAAUGAUGAAAGAAUAGCGGGCUUGUGGAAUUUGAAGCUGAAAUGCCUCUACCUCGAGCACAAUCCCUGUUACGACGCGAAUGAGAAGGACGGAGGAUGGCGGUACAAAGAGGUGAUGAAAAAAAUUUCCGGGCCGAGUUUGCACCAGUUGGACGCGAUCGUGCUCGAGUUGGAGCACGUUUUUUCCCCGUCAACCAUCGAGGCGAGCGAUGAGGGGGUGUUGGGGAAUAGCAGCAGUGGCAGUUUACUCGGCGGGGAAAUGCAGGAGCCGGUGACGGAUGAGAUGUUGGAAAAGAGGCAAAAAUUGGAGGAGGAAAGGCAGAGAAAGCGGUUUGAGACGAUUUACGGGUUAAGGGAUGACUCAGUCGCCGGGAUCCGGAAGAUUGACACGACGUAUGGGGUGUAAGAGUGGUGGUUAGAAGUACAACCUAGAGUGGUGCGAGCACUGUAUUCGCAGCUAUGAGUGGUGUGGUAAUAGAAUCGGGCCUUUUUUCCGGCUGUGAAGAACCGGAAAAGGAAAACAAGCCUUUCUACAGUAAGUAUGAAAAAUCUGAACAUUACUUUUGGUUGUAAUCAAAGACAAAUAUCAGCCGCGCUUAAAUGAUUUCUUGACGUUGGUUACCUAUCCACGAGUAGUUGAUGAGCUAAAAUUCUCAGAAAGCGCACCACGAAAUUGUGAAGCGAAAAGCUAACUGUCACGAGGUAUGUCUUCAAACUCAUCUCUGUUCUUGAUGUCGAGCAAAGUACUAUAUUCAUCCUUCCAAUUUGAAAAAGAAAAAGCGAAACGCGAUAAGCCUUCCACACUUCUAUUUGGUUCUGUAACAUCCAAGCUACGAUGAUAGGCUACGAUUAGUAGUAGACCUAAAACAAGUGCGAUGAUCCAUCUCAACCAUCAGCGACGUCCACCGAAAAUGACCUCACCACGAGUGGUACUAACAAACGACGGAGUAAAAGCUCCACUAGUGGUAGAACAGACACCUCCCGGAAAAUCAAAAUGAAACUCUAGCGACAAGAUUCUCUAAACCUCCAACGCGAAGGAUUAUAUAAAACGAAGGAACAACGCACGUGAAGGACCGCACGUGAAGAAAACAACGACGAUAUUCAU